AUGAUUAAAAAUAUUGCGAAAGAAAUUUGUGUCUUUCUGCUGAUCUUGGAUAUUCUUCAGGCAGUUACUACUUUUGAUCAUUACCCAGAUGAUGAUUAUGUUGUCGAGCACGAGGUGUCUUACUACAAAGCCAUUGCAAUGGCUAAAAAUCUCACUAUUCCAACAGGUACCAUACCUGGAUGUAAAGCAUGCACGAACGAAGAGAUGACCUACUGCAAAGACGGAAGUGUUAUUAAUGAUCAUUGUUGUUGUGACAGUGCUUACAAUGAAGUAUUUCCGUUUGUAGAACAUACUUGUCGAAUAGGAAGACAAGCGUGUAAAACAAAAGUCGACAAUUGUGCUGAAUACGAGAGAUUAAGGGACUGCUGUUGUCUUUCAUUCUUAGGUUCUGUGUGGAAAUAUCGAGCCGGCGGGAUUGACAGCGUAAAACCAAGUUUAUUGAUAACUACAGGAGCUUUAUUGAUACUUCAUAUAUGCCAUAAGAUGUAUAAUUAA